GUGAAAACGAAACGGACAGGUUCCUCAAAUGUACGUCUAGGUACGUUUGUACAGCGGAUCCAUACUCCCUCAUUGGACCGGUAGAAGAAGUAUCGCGAUGCUGUAACAAAGUCUUCACUCUGAUAUGGACAGUUGGGCAGGAGAUGAGUUUAGGCCGUUUUGGAACUUUAGAAUCUUCUGAUCUGUAAUUAGGUACUGCAUCAGUGUCUCUGCUUGCAGGUUGACUGAAAUUUGUUUAUCAUUUGCUGCUCCAUGCUGCCCAGACAUGCCUUUGAUAAGAUUUUCCGUUACUUUUGGGUUGGAUUUGUUUAAACCUUUGUGUUGGGUGGGCAAACUUGGUUAUGCGCACAUAAUCAGCCCGGAUGAUUGGAUUUGCAUAGUUCUAUUGGUCUGUGUAUAUCCGAAGAAAGAAUAUUUUAUUUUUCAAUUCUUUUGAAAUUGAAUGUUCCAAUCCAUCUCAUAUAGUUCUGGAUUAUGAUUCAUACUUGGCAUUCUAUUGUGCUUUACUGCAAGAAAUGAUCUCUAGAUUGUCCAUUCGUUUAUUGAAUAUAUGCGUGGCUUCGCUCUGCAAAGCCCAGCAAUUAGAGAAAGCUGAAGCAGUUGUGGUUGAUGGGGUACGACUGGGUUAUCUCCCAGAUGUUGUAACUUAUAAUACAUUGAUUGCGGCGUAUUGCCGAUUUGAUGGGAUUGAUGAAGGAUACAGGGUUAUACAUAGAAUGACAGAAGCCGGGAUAAGCCCAGAUGUUGUUACUUACAAUUCCUUGAUCGCUGGUGCCAGCAGACAUCGCCUACUAUCACGAGCUCUUGAUCUGUUCGAAGAAAUGCUGCAAAGAGGUAUCACUCCCGAUGUGUGGAGUUACAAUACUAUGAUGCAUUGCUUCUUUAAAUCUGGACGGCCCGAGGAAGCCAACAAGAUUUUCCGGGAUAUUAUCCUGUCUAAUCUAUCCCCGUCUUCAACUACAUUUAAUACCAUGAUUAACGGCCUCUGUAAGGCUGGAUAUACCACUAACGCUCUCAGGUUGUUCAGGAACUUACAACACCAUGGGUUUCUUCCUCAUCUAGUAACAUUUAAUAUACUCAUUGAUGGGCUUUGCAAAUCAGGUAGGUUGGGGCAAGCGAGAAGAAUCCUCAAGGAGCUUGGAGAAUCAGGUCAUAUCCCUAAUGCCAUAACUUAUACUACAGUCAUGAAAUGUUGCUUUAGAUCUGGAAAGUUGGAACAGGGGUUUGAGAUAUAUUCAGAGAUGAGGAGUAAAGGGUAUACCUUUGAUACAUUCGCAUAUUGCACUGUAAUCAGUGCAAUGACUAAGACAGGCAUGAUGAAAGAGGCUAAUGAUUGCAUGUGGGAGAUGGUGAGGAAUGGCUCCGGGUUUGAUAUAGUUUCCUACAACACUCUGAUUAAUCUGUGUUGCAAAGAAGGUAAGUUAGAAAAUGCAUUUCAGUUGUUGAGUGAGAUAGAGAAAGCUGGGAUGGAAAGUGAUGAGUAUACCCACUCAAUAUUGGUUAAUGGAUUAUGCAAGGCCGGUGACAUUGAUAAGGCUCAGAAGCACUUGAAGUGUAUGAAAAUGAGGGGUUUCCAAUCAGAUUUAGUGGCCUAUAACAGCUUGAUUCAUGGGUUAUGUGAGGCAGGUCAGGUGGACUAUGCGAUGAAGGUCUUUGAAAAGAUGGAGCUGAAGGAUUCUUUUACAUACUCUUCCAUGGUGCAUGGUCUUUGCAAAGUAAGAAGGUUUCAUGCAGCAUCCAAGCUCAUCCUGUCCUGCUUAAGAGAAGGAAUGAAAGUACUUACUGCAGACCGACGGGCUGUUCUUUGUGGGCUUUGUUCUUUAGGACUUAAACAAGAAGCAAGGAAGCUUCGGUCAAAACUCUGGAUGGCUAGGGCUCUGAGAUGGGCUACGUAAUAGUCAUUGGUUCAGGGUGAUUGGGGAAAGAAUGAUGUAUUUGACUACUAAAGGAGCCCUUGCUAAAUGAAAGAUAUUCUGCAGUUCCUAUGAAAUUAAUCUCAUCUGGAAAGGCUUAUACUCGUCUUCUGCAUUACAGAAGUUGAUUUGGUGAUAUCUGAUUGAUAUAUGUACGAGUGAGCUUAACUGACUUGGAACCAGUGGUUGCUGAAGGUUUUUUUAGCUCAGAAAGGACACAUAAUGCUGUUCAGAAACUUCACUGAGAUGAAAUGUAAUAUUCCGAUCCUUUGAGAUUGAUGUCCCCAGUUGUAUUGCAAUAUUUAUACUUAAGACCCAUGUAUUCUUAUUUUUUGACAGGUUUCUGUUGGUUGUUUGGUGUUGUCUGAGACCACCCUGGACUUGCCUACAAGAUCUUGCUUCGUAUCAUGCCGAAUUUGUGUGAAUAUCAAUUUAAGCCCUUUGUUGCUAUUUUCUUUGACCCGAUGCCAAUGUAUGAGAAAUGUAAAAAGGUGGCUAUUCAUUGAUACGUCGAGCACGAAGUCGCAAAGAAGAAGGGUUAUAUAGGUCCUUCAACCACGGAUUGGAUAAUGGCCAAAUUAUCCUACACUCUUUGGAGAGGGCCUUCCGGGCUAAGCAAUCGGCCACAAAGUUUGACUCCUUAGAAACAAAUGAAAACUUACAGCUCAUAAACUCAUCCGAGACGGAAUGAAUGUCAUCUAAGAUACCCUGGAUAGAGAGAGGGAUUGCCUUGGCUUGACCGGUCAGAUAGUUCACAAUCUCCUCGCAAUCGGACUCAGCCAUGACAAGAGAGAUAUCUUCCUAGAUGCAUUCCAGGAGCCCCAUACGAAUUGCUAGAGCCUCCCCUUCAAGCGCACUGCGGCAAGCAACCGUGCCCAAUGGUCGGCGCCCCCUCAUGAUUAUGGACAAUAAUGCCGAGCCCUCCACAUAUUGAGUUGGGGUUCCACACAGUUGAGUUUAACAAAUAGGAGGAGUGGGGGGUUCCAAUUCUACUUUGGGGGAGGAGGGCUAGUCGAUGAGGGGGGAGGAGCGAGCAUAGAAGACCGAGUAGCAGUGAACUCAGAGGAAGCAAUAGACGUUGCUUGCAUAACCUCUAUAGGGUUCCAGCGUUUUCUCCCAAACACUAGGUCUUUCCUAGCCAACCAAAGGAACCAAAAGAUAAAGGAGCUCAAGGUGACAUAGUAGCGCGCUUCCUUCAUGCCGAAACUGUUUGAAGUUUGAACACUGAGAGAUCCACUGUUGGGCUGAAGGAUCCAUGUCAUCAGAGAUUUUCAAGGCCAUUGGAGAACCAAACCAGACUGCUUUGGUGAAAGGACAUGAGAGGAAGACUCUGGUCAGGUGUCUCUGGAACGUCAACACAGCGAGGGCAGCACUUAUCACCCCUCGUAUUUCUUCUCUCAAGAGGAUCACCUGAAGCAAGACCACCUGCACACAAGCGCCACAUCGAGGACUUGAUCUUUGUUAAAGAUUGACUCUUCCAAAUGGCCUUCCAAACAGAUUUUGGGGUAGCUUCCCAUCUCCCAAUGAAUGAUGAAGAGGGGUGGUUCUCCAGAGACUGCUUUUGGUUCGAAUAGAGAAGGUAGUAGGUGGAUUUCACGGAAAAUGUUUUGUCCUUGGAAGCGCCCCAUACUCGACAGUCCUACUGGGAAAGAGAGGGAUCGGUAAUCUAAUGAUGUUGGCCAUAUCCUGAGGGUAAACCAUUCAUUUAAUAGAGACAUUUUCUAUCUUCUAGAGUCUUGAUCAAUGAGCUCAGAGACAUAAUCCAAGGGACAGUUUGGUGGUUUCUCGUGGUGGAUUCUGAGAUCUGGAGAAAGCCAUCGAUCAUUCCGGAUAUUGAUUUUGCCACCUACCCCUAGUUUCCACCUCUAACCAACCUCCAGAACUUUCGGCCCUCAAUCACACUAUGCCAUUCCCAGGAUGAGUUGUUGCCAACUCGCACUUCAAGGAAGUCACAGUUAGGAAAAUACAAGGAUUUCAUAAACAAAGUCCAAUGGGAGUCUGGGUUGGAGAAGAGUUUCCAAGCCAAUUUAUGAGUAGGGCUCGAUUAUGGAGAGCAGGAUCUCGUAGGCCAAUACAACCAUCUUCCCUUGAUUGCGAGCAAGACAACCAAUGGGUCUUACUUGAGUCCUCUGCGCCACCCCAGAAGAAAUUUGCAGCCCCACUUCUAAGACGGUUGUGGAAGGAUGCCGGGAGCUUAAAAUGGCUCGCAGCAAAAGUUCUGGAUUGGUUGGAGAACCGUUUUAGAAGGACUUCGUGGCCAGCAUAGGACAGAUAAUUUUAUUUGGAGGAUCUUGGAGUUGGCAUAGGCUGUGCUGUUCGUGGUAUUGUAGUGGUCAGAUUGGCUGCAUUUGAAUUAUGUAGUCAAGUGUGUAAAAUAUAUUAAAAGAAAAAAUGGUGAGAUUCAAGCCUGCUCUGGAUCCGUGGGAAGUAGAAACUCAAGGAUCUCCUUCCGCGCCUGCGUUUCCAUCUACUUCGGUUACCACUUACCACCUCUUUGGAAGGGCAUCCUUCCAGUGAGACAGAAUCCAACAAGCAGGUCUUCUAUACUCCAUAUUCUUCAUCUGAAAUGCCCUUCAUCCUUGUCCCUUUCUUUGUGGGUGGAAUUCCGUUCUAUUUGAUUCAUGGGUAACUGUUGCUCCCAUGCUUCAGUGCACAGACAAUGCUUCUGGAAUAAUAUGUUGUUUAUAAAAACAUAUAAAUUAAUUUUAUGUGGUAAGGAUACGAAAAUGUUAAUUGG